CGCUCGCGAAUGGCAGGGCCGUAUUUACCCUCGUUGCCGGGGGAUCUGCUCACCGAGUACAUGUUCGGCAGAAGGAGGCAGCGGAGGAACAGGACGACGUUCAGUCCGCAGCAGCUGCAGGAGUUGGAGGCGCUCUUCCAGAAGACCCACUAUCCGGACGUGUUUCUGCGAGAGGAGGUCGCUUUGAGGAUCAGUUUAUCCGAAGCUCGAGUCCAGGUUUGGUUUCAAAAUAGAAGGGCGAAAUGGAGGAAACAAGCUAGGUUGCAGCUACUGCAAGAUGCCUGGAGGAUGCGGUGCUUAGGUAUUACUUCACCACAGCUAAUAUUAACAGGAAGGCCGCCCGGUCCGCCGCUGUCAGCGAACCCCCAGGACCUGGGGGACGCUCCGGCGGACUACCCGCCGUCGGCCGUCAAUCCGGCCGUGCAACUAUCGUGCAACUGCUCGCCCGGCGCGGAGAACCGGAGCCCAAGGAGCUUCCGCAGCUCGCCGAGCCCGUCGUCGCAGCUCUCGCCCGGCGGCCCGGACGAUCUGUCUUUGGCCAAAAGGACGCCCGUCGACGACGGCUCAGACGCCACUAAAUGCCUGACGUCGAACGAGCACCAUCGGCGAGCGCCCGCCGGAAUAAUCCAGUAAAUAUCUCACCGUUUUUUCGAUUUUUUUUUGUUUAUUGAAUUAUUUCAAAUAUUUAUUAAUCGAAAUUGUGAUGGAAGAAUACAUAAUGUAGAUAAAAUAUUGACUUAUCCAAUUUUUUUGCCGCUCAUUUAUUGUUUAUAAAAAUUGCUGUGCUUGUGUAUUGUGUACGGAUUAAAU